GGGGACAGACUCAGAGCAGUGCAGAGGAGGACUUCAGCCAGAGAGGAGGAGAAUUAAAACCUCAACCUCUCCCCUGCCGGGAUCUCAGAAGAGUUUGACUCAAGAAAAUGUAUUUGGGAGUGCUGAGAGAGUGAGCUGAGAGAUACAGAGAGGAUCAUCUGACAUCUUCUUCAGUCAACAGGUAAAUUUACACAUUUAAACAUUGACUUUCAAUGUGGCUUCAAGUUCUUGUGCUUUUUGUUCAUGUUUGGGUCUUAAAGUUUGAACAGUUUCACUUUAGAUGAUGCUUUUAUUUGUGCAUUUUUUUCUAAAGAGAGCACUUGUUCCAUUACUUAAGAAAUUAUCCUAAAACAAAAGACAGAAAACUCCAUUACAAACCAGGACAUUACUGUGUUUUAUACCUUAUUAUCCUGAGUUUGUGUAAGAGGGUGAAAGAGGAGCAGCUGCACAAGUCAGGAGUCAAACUUUGUAAGUGGUUUUUCAGUUAGCACUCACUCCCAACUGUCUGCAUACUGUUUCCUGCAUUGCCUGUUUGCACAUCCACUAUCUGUUCAUGCUCACGUUCAGUUAAACUGCCUCUAACAGACCCCCCCCCCCCUCCCCAAACAGCAGGUAGAUCAAGUUUCAUUUACUUUUCAGGCUGAGAACAGGUAGGACAGCAUUAGAGACGAUGCUUUUGAACCCAACGUGCAGCUGAAAGCACACCCAGGCGAGCUUGAGACAAAGGGGCUUAAAAAAGAAAACAUGAUGGUUAAGAGAUGUCUAAAUUUGACUAAUAACCAAAGCAGCUCACGUGGCCUCAGCGGGCUGAUUUGUAUAUUAGUGGGUCAGUAGGACAAGUAAGGAAAACAUCAGCUCCAGAAAGAGAUAAGGGACCAUAAAAAGCAGCAGCUCAAAGUAGAAAACCUAUAGAGAGAUAAUUGAAGCACCUCCUACAUGUUUGAAGUUAGUCCUCGGAGUCCAGCUGCAGCUCAGUCUGAGUUACUGAUUGACUCUGCUGUACAUUAUACAUUUUACCACCCUCUAGUCUGGCCUCCUCGUGGACCCUGGGCUUUAUUUAUUUGUUUUUCAAUGAAAGCUAAAAUAUCUUUUUUUGUAUACAUUAUAAAUGAUGAAAAACUAAGAAAAACUCAUGAUAAAUGUCUAAGUAUUCAGUAGCAUCAACACCUCCUGUGUGGAGUGUUUUCCAGUUAUCAAACAUACUGACUUGAAUAUGAAUGUCCUCAUCGUGUAAACAAAAGCAAACGAGGUCAUCAGCUUCAACACUGACAUAUUCAAUAUUAUGAUUUUUUACGCAUGAAACCAGAUAAAGGGGGCAGGUCCCAGCAGAGCAUUUGGAGAAACAAACAGUUUCUUAUGUUUCUACGUAAAACAUUCAAAGUCUGUGACACAUUCGACUGUCCUGAGCCAGGCAGGAUGAGAUUUGUAAUCAGAGGACACGAUAUGAUACGAUACAAUUACGGUAAUAAAAGACAUGGUAAUACUUUAAGAUUUUGAGCCCCUGGGGAAAAUUUUUGUUGGACUAAAGUGCUGCAUAUACUCAAAAUAUAUUUAAAUUAACAGUAACCCACAUGCAACCGGUAAAACACAAAUCAAAAAGACCACAAGUUUAGUGAUAAAGACUGCACGUUACCCAUAUUGUGCAAGAGGAAGCGAAAAGGAAGAGAAAGAUAAGGAACAUCAUGAUGCUAUUGCACAAGCCCCAGGGCCUUAAGAAAUUUAAGUUGACGUGACAAAAGGAGCUUUAGCCACUGAGAGUGGGUUAAAUCUCUUGGUGACAAAAUUUGAGCAAAAUGCAUGUGUUUCAAACCUGCAGUUUUUGUAGCAGCCAGCAGAGAGCAGCUCAACUAGUUGUAGAGAAAAAAAAAAAAAUGCAAUUCACCAAUGGAUGGUGUUGGAGUGGUUACAUUAACCUUAUACAUGCAAUUUAUAGGAGCGGGUUCAGUGUGGGUUUAACAGCUGAGUUUUUGCUUGUAUUAGGUGCCACAAAUGUUAUUUUCCAUUCCAUUUUCUUUGGGGCAUAAAAGUGACAAAGACCAAACAACAAAAGGACAGUAAAGACGCCCUCCCCCAGAAAUGAAAACUGAGACAUCCCUAAACCUCGACAAAGGAAGCCACACCCGAACCCAGAGCAGUUACAAAGCAGCGUCUUAUCAAAAGAAAACAAAUGAAAAACCAUGUCAUAUAAAAAAGCUAAGGUGUACACACCCAACAUCACAGACUAAUUUAACUGUUUAUUUUUCUGGGUGACUGCCAGUACUACCAACUCUGCAUCUCCUGAACGUUAUUGAGAGUAAAAAGCAUAUUUGCAACUUUGUAAGAUAGACAGGGAUUUUAAAAGGCAGCUCUGGACAGUAGUUGUGCAUCUUCUUGACUUUGUCGAAAGAUAAAAAUUGAGAUAAGUCAGUCGGCACUGUAAAUAAAUGAGGAAUUGAGAUAUAUUAAUUUUACUGGGAGCAAAAUUUAUAGCUAACACACCAGGAGUGACAGUGAGGGCAGAGCUCGGCAGGCGUGACGUUUGUUUGACCUGAGCCAACAAGUUCAAAGCUAAUUGAUUUGAUUAUUAAACUACAAAAAAAGGUCAAACAUUGGGGCUAUAAAUGCAGUCCUGAAGAUUUGAUUAAAAACGUUAUAUCAUAUGAAGCCUGCCUCUUGUCUGGACUGUUGAAGGAGUCAUUAGGAGUGCAAAGGAGCAGAGCCUGAGGCUGGUGCCAAAACUGCUUUCAGCUGGUUGACAUCUGACAAUGUCAGACUGUUCAGUUGCUAUUUACUUAAAGCUCAUUCUGCUGGUAACAUGGCCCGGGGCUUUGGAAAACAGUUCCUCUCUUUUAAAGACCUUGAGCUUGAUCCCUCGACCCAUGAAUGAAGUGAAGCAGAUACUGAUUAACCUAAUUUGAACCUCCAUAAGAUGUAAAUAGACUAUUCUAGUUAAACCAAUGCUAGGAUUCUGCCAACCUGCCUUUCUAUAGAGAACCAAGGACAAACUGCAGCUGCACUGAAUUGCUGCUAUCAGCAUCCAUUCAAAUGCAAACUGCUUUAUUUGAACAAAAUUACCACCAACUUUGCAGAGUGAAGUGAAAAACUGGAGACAAGUGACAUAAGUGCUGCAUCAGUCUCCAUUUUACUGCUUUGUUCGGUUAGAUUUUUACUGCUUGUGCUUCCCUUUCAUUACUUUACUCAUUCACCACACACAGCUUUGCAUGUGUGUUUCAUUUUUUAUCGGUUUCCUUGAAAUUUUACUAGUUACUUAACUUUCACUGGAUGCACAUGUGUUUUAUUGUCAGUGACUGUUAAGAUGAGGUGAAUAAAAACAAACCUUUAACUGUGAGUUAAAUUUUAACCUGAGUAACAUUGGUACGGGACGCUCCAGCACAUAACCACACCCCGUAGCUUAUUUUUAACCAUUAGGGAAAUCAAGACUAGAUCAGGGCUCAGGGGGAAGCUCGAAACUGAUAGGUCAGGUGUAAUUAUCCUGAAGAAUCUGUCCUCAUCCCACUAAAGCAUGUAAGAAUUCAGCAGAGACUCAGAGAGCGAGAGUUGGCAGCGCAGGAAUUUCAAGGGUAGAUGGAGCGAUUAGACGGGGAACAAGCAGGUACUUUGUGUAGAUGGGAAUUCUGGGGUAGGGCCAACCCUGAGGGCACAGAGAGAAGAACACCUGUGUUCAAACCAUCCAUCAUAUCUAAAACACAGACCCCUUCACAUUAGGGGCUUUCAUUACCUAACCCUUAACCCCAACGGGAGGGUUUUCACCAUUAAAUAUCUUGUCAUCCCAAAGGAGACAAGGCUAGAAAAUAAGGAAGCUUACAUCGUGACGCUGCAACUUUGAAAAGCUGUGAGCAUCAGAAGCUAGCUUUGUGAGUUCAAGAGGCACAGCAUCUGGAAGUAACCUUUAGUUUUUUGAUGCUAUUUGUCAAACAUGCUAACAUUUGAUAACUUGACUUGUUAGUAUGCUGUGGUAAGACCCAGUGCAAAAUACCUGCAGUUCCUCAAGUGUCCACUUGAGGCUUGUGCAAAACCAAAGGAAUCCCCAUUAACGCUCAUGCUCAAACAUCAUUUCUUCAUCUGUACCCCGUGUAUAGGGUAGAGGUCAUUUCUAUGAAUUAAUUUGAAGAUAUAACUCUAGAGGUACAACUUGUAAGAUACUCUUGGUAUGACAUACUUAAUUACACAAGACUUAUUUGCAAGUUAGUAGAAGUAAAGCUUUCUUUCGUUAAAUCAGCAUUUCUAAUAUCACAGCCACCAAAGUUUAGCUGCAAAACUGCUUUUCAGAAACCAGUGGGUGAUGUUGCUAUACACCCAUCUCUUACAAAGUCAAUAUUUAAGGCGAUGAGGCAGACACAUUAGCAUUUUGUUUAACUUGGCUGUGAUUAGCCUAGGUGUGAAUUUUGGCAUGUGUUAACUUUUCAAAAGACAUCUGCUUUUGAGCGACCUCUGUCUUAUAAAAUCUGGUGUGUCCAACAGAGGCGACGUACCUACAUCAUUUUAGAGUAAACUCACCAAUGCUUGCGUCAUCACUCAUUAGAAAACGUGCAUUCUUAGUUUUGACCCCCAAAAGUGAGGUGAAAGUAUGUGAAAGUACAGACGGCAGCAAAGAAAACAAUACUCUGUUUUAUAUCAUCAGUUAGAUUGCGUGCUCUGAGACUGUGAGGACAUUAAGUUUGCUCUCUGUGUUCAGGUCAUGAGCAAACAAAACAUCAACUGUUUACAAUGAUUCACAUCUACAAAUGUCCUACUCUCUGCUGCUGCUGAGCUCAUGGGAAAAUGAGUUCUUAACAUUUUUGGAAUUUAGGCACUGCAACCACAAACCUGAACCAGCACAGAUCCCUCUUUGGGCGGGAAGAUUCAUUCUUAGAUGUUUAACUCUGUUUGGAUGAAGGGUCUAAAAUGCGGCUUAUAUGAUCCUUUCUCACUCAGGACAUGGUACAUGAAUGCAGUCGUGAUUGUAAAUCUUAUGUUCACUGAGGAACAGAGUGUCCUGAAGAUGAAUCACAGUCUGUACCUUCAAAAUAAGGCAUGUCUACAUUCCAUACAGCAGCCGAGUUGACAUGUAGACUCAUUUAACCACCUCAUUGUUUGUGCUCGAUUUUACGCUUUAAUAGAGGGAACCCAGCGUUACACACCUGACACAUUUGACCUGUUUCGCAUCAUGCCUGUGAUUGUAUUACUUAUUAACAGGCCAAAUCCUGUCAGCUUUGUGAUAUUAUGUGUGCUCUGCAUGAGGGUGAAAAUAGUUUAAAGUUCAGCUUCGGAGGAAAUGUGUCCUGAUUGACUCAAAGCUUGUCGGGAUUAGGUUGUGUGUGACGAACAUGGUUUGGAUUUGCCCAAACUGUUUUCAUGAUAACACCAGAAAAAUCAAAAUUAAUCUCUGCUUCUCUUUCAAGGGAAUCCAGAGGUCAGGAACAGACCAAGAGGAGGGAGGGCAAGGACAGAGGGUCCAAAAAGACUCAACAAAGGAGAGGGAGGUGUCACAUUACUGAAGAUGGAGGAGUCUCCACAGAUCUGGCACGUGCAGGUCGACUCUCCUGGAGAGCAAAAGAAGGUGUCGAUUGUUGGUCAGCCGGAGUGCUCCAUCUGCUACAACACCUACGACAAUGUCUUCAAAACACCCAAGCUGCUGGAUUGCACCCACACCUUCUGCCUGGAGUGCCUCUCCCGCCUCAUGGCAUUCUCUGUGGCCGACCAGGAUGAAAACACCGGCGGGACUCGCCUCUCCUGUCCCUUCUGCCGUCAGCCGACCACGCUGCCUGAAGAGGGACCCCCGGCCUUGACCACCAGCCGGGAGGUCCUCUGCAAGCUGCCUAGCCACCAGCAGCAGGAGGAGCCCGUAUGGCUGGACGGGGAGAAGCUCUGCUAUAAAACGAGGCACGACGCCCCCGACAGCCCCACGGCCUUCUGCGUCUGCAUCGACAUUGGAGCCACCAAAGCCGCUGCUCCGGUCCAGUCGCAGCCUCGGACUUUGGGCUUUCUGGAUCGGCUGGCAGACUGGAAGAGGAUGGUGCUCUUCAUCAUACUCAUGGUGCUGCUGGUUGUCGUGGUGUUGUGGCCUCUGCAAUGUGUUUUCACCACUGGGAGCAUGCGCUGUAUGCGGGAGGCAACCCCUAACCCAACUCAAGCUCCAAUUCCCGUCACCGUCAGUCCGCAACCCAGGUCUGUUCUGUCUGAGUGAAAUCCUAAACUGGAUGGACUCGACUUUAAAUGUACAUAACACUGUAUUUGACAGAGACAUUGUCAGUUUUGCUCACAAUUGCACAAAAAGUUGCUGAAUACAACUGUCAACACCUCAGACGUUCAACCCUGAUGUUCAAGAUUUAAGGAUGUUGGACUAAAAUGAUCCUGUGGUGAAUCUGACAGAGUCCAAAUAAAAAAGGGCUGGAGGAGAAAUAGACUGCAAAAAUUAUACUGAAUGAAGAGUUUUUGUUUCUUUUGCUUUCAGAAUGAUAUGAAGUAGUUUGAAUCUUAAACUUCUAAUCACUCAUAAAUCUACAAACAGAAGCUUUAAAAGUGAAGAAAAUCCCUGUCAAACUCCACAAAAGCAGCACUGAACUAAGACUGAUGAAACAACUCAAAGAUGAACUCUGACAUGAAGCUUUUCUCAAAUCAAUUCCAGUGACGAACACUUUUUGCACUUAAUCAACUUGAUCGACUUUAUACACAAAUGUUUCACAGAGUUUGUUGUUAUUUUCUUACUCUUUGUGGACACAGAUUACCGGGAACAUGAGUGGGCGGAUAUGUAGAAACUGAUGGAGAAGUGAUGCAGAAGCUCGCCACACUCAUGCCAAAAUAUGAUGCUUAAAUUCUGACUGUUGUUGAUUUAAUGUGAACCUUGCUAUGCAAAUAUCAUGUUGGCUGAAGAACAGUAAACAGUCAAGAUUCAAGAAAAGAAUGUAAUCAUGAUGUGCCAACUAAGAACUUUAUAGAACUGUACAUUUGAUAGGUGUUUUGAUGAGUCUUUGUUUACAGAACUAAAAUAAAAGAUGACAAAUAAG